UGAAAAUUCACAUCAUUGAAGAUAUCUUCUUCCUCUUUCCUUUGCUCUUCUACCCGUAUAUAUGUUUAACCUUUAAUCUGCGCAUUGUCACAUCAAAAAGUGUAAUCACUGGAGGGAGUUAUAUAAGAUGGAAUCCAUACUAUCAUUAGCCAGCAAGCUGUGGCAGUCCCUCACAUUCUGGAAAGCCGUCGCAAUCGGCUUCGCAUUGCUGAACCUCAAAACCCUGCCUUUCGUGUGGCAUAUCCGCGUCUACCGCUACUUCUUCCAAAAUGGCUACCUCAUGACCCCCGCCGUCGAGCAAUCGCCAAAGCCCAGCGGCGACCUCAUAAAACCAAAAAGCAUCUUCACCCGCGCCCCAAUCAUGGAAAUCGACAUGAACAUGCAUAAGUCCAACUCGACGUACUUCUCCGACCUGGACGUCUCCCGAACAGCCCUCAUGAGUUCCCUGGUAAUGAAGGGCUCCGCAUUCCUCGAGAAGCGCCUCCAGAAGCAGGGCAAGCGCGGCCCGCUCCACUUCGUUCUUGGCGGUGUCUACACGAGCUUCAAGCGCGAGAUUCCGGCGUACAUGAAGUAUGAGGUUCAGUCGCAUAUUGCCUCCUAUGAUGAGAAGUGGAUAUAUAUUGUCACGUACUUCUUGCAGCCGCGCAAGGGAAAGAAGGCGUCGGCGGAUACGGACGAGGUACGAAGGAAGAGGCUGCUUGCUGUUUCGAUUAGCAAGUAUGUGCUCAAGAAGGGGAGGUAUACUGUUCCUCCUCAUGAUGCGUUUGAGGCGGCUGGGUAUAGGCCUUUGAGUGCGCCUGCGGCAAAUGGUACUGCUAAUGGCACUGCGAGUGAGAAUGGGUCGCUCACUCAGCGCAAGGAGAUCAAGUCUGGCCGUGCUUGGGAUGACAGCAGUGAGUGGGAGCAAUUACAUAACGAGCUUCGCAAAGGGAAGGAAAUGGUUCAGCCGUUUGUGGACCAGGAGGAGAAGCUGUUGGAUGAUUACAUGGAGAAGAUGAAACUCCCUGCGUUUGCAUAGACUGUGAUCAACGGUCGAGAUACAGUGAGCGUUGAAUUUAUGUUCCUUGGGACAGGAUGUUAUAGAUUGUGUACCAUAUUUUGCAUAGAUAUAGAUCUCCUUUGACGAGUCUAAUGGUUAAACUUGAUUACAAU